AUGUCACAAGGAGAAGAGCAUCCAGAAGAUGUCAGUAGUUUUAUUCCAUAUAUUGAAGCAGUAGUACCCAUCGUAGCCUCUGCUGAAACCGAUCUGGAGUCGAUCAAACUUUUGAUUGAAGACACAUUCCUAUGUGAUUUAGAACCGUAUAAACAAGAUAUAGAUGACCUUGUAAGGAAAAGAAGAAAUGCUUUCGAAGAGAUUACAGAAAAUUGUAUAUCUAGGGAAGAAAUGAAAGCCAGGCAACGGAAACUAGUUAAGGACUUGAUACAUCGAGAUAGCAAACAAACUGCUCACGAUGCAUAUCAUAGAAAGAGGAAAAAAACUAGCAAGUCCCAAGUUUCAGAACAAAGAGUGCAACUAAGUAAAGAUUUAGAGGAGCUUCUUGGACUCAGGCAAUCAACAAGAGCAGAGUUAGUAAGACUGUUAUGGAAGUAUAUAGAAAAGAAUGGUUUACAAAAUUCUGAUGACGAACAAGAAGUCUUCUCUGAUGAAAAAAUGAGAAAGGUUUUUGGUGAGAAGAUUGAUGAGUUUUCAAUUAACACAAUUCUUCAACGUCAUACCAUCGAUCUACCAAAUAAUGAUCCAAAGAAGAAAAAAAACAUGGUAAACAUUGAAAUUGAAAUAUCCAACCCUAGUAGCAGCGGCAGCAGCGGUAGCAGCGACGAUGAUGAGGAUGAUGAGGAUGAUGAGGAUGGACAGGAGAAGGAACAAGAGACGGGAGGUAGCAAAAGUGCAGAUGAAUUUAAUACUCGGUCUUCUAUUUCUAAUGAGGACUCGUCUGAUGAGAUUUCGUCGUCUGGGUAUUAUUCUGUUGACGAAUUCCCCAAUGAUCCAGAGAGCGACAAGCCCAAUGGCGGUUUACAGGGGCCAUCUAAAGAGUCUUCAUCUGGUAUUAGAUCUAGUGGAAGCCCCAAUGAAAAUUCUUCCGGAGUUGAAGACAGUGUCUUAUCGUAUCAAUCACCGGUCGAUUUCUCAGACGUCGGACAGUAA